UCAUUGCGUGAGCUUCGGAAAAAAAGAUUACCGUUCUUUAGCGCAUCAUACGCAAUUAUUUUUGAAUAAGAUACCUAAUUUAAGGCAAAUAAAUCGUUUUAAGUUGUGAUCAGCGCGUGCAGGAACCCGUCGCCGUAAAAUGUCCAGCAGCGAGAGCAAGGAAAAGAUGUUUGCCGAUGUGACCGGCGCCACCGAAGACCGGGCUAAGUUCUAUCUGGAUGCAGCCAAUGGCGAUCUGCAGGUCGCCUUGUCCAGCUUCUACGAAUCGGAGAACGCAGCGGGUCCGGCGGAUCGUGUCGAAGAUGACAUGGACGAUACCGAUGAUGAAAAUGUGCCGGUGCAGUUUUCCAGUUCCGGUGCUAAAUCAAAGGAGAAAAAACCUCCCAACACGUCGAAUGUUGCGACACUGUGGUCCUUGAAAGACUCUUCAUCGGAGGACGAAGAAGAGCAGGGUCAAGCGUUCUACGCGGGUGGCUCGGAACGUUCCGGUCAGCAAGUGCUGGGUCCCCCGAAGAAAAAUCCCAUCAAGGAUUACGUUUCAGAAAUAUUCCGUUCUGCUCAGCAAGGAAACAUGGAGACAUUCGAUGCCGAAAUGGGUGCCGGUUCGUCCAGCUCGUCGUCACUUUAUGCGGGAACCGGCUACCGGCUAGGUCAGACUGAUACUGACCAUACGGCUAUUCCGGAUAGGCAUCGAGCAUCUGGGUCCUCAUCGGGCCAUAACCAUGAAGUGGUCACUCUAACCUUGUGGCGGCAAGGCUUUUCCAUCAACGACGGAGAACUGCGUCGCUACGAGGAUGCGGCUAAUAAAGAAUUCUUCGAAUCGAUUAUGCGAGGAGAAAUUCCACCGGAACUGCGCUCCAAGGGAAAUGCUAUGAUUCACCUGGAUCUAAAAGACAACCGUCACGAAGAUUAUGUAAAGCAGGCUGCACCUUUCCGGGCGUUCGGAGGCAGUGGACAAACAUUGGGAAGUCCUGCCCCAACUGUUGUUCAGAGUACAGCCAAUCCGAGCAACAACGAGGCAAAUGAGAAAAAAGCUUCAUCUGAGCUGGCUAUCGACGAAAGUCAACCGGUUACGACCCUACAGAUUCGUCUGGCAGAUGGUUCCCGACUCACGGCUCGUUUCAACCAAAGCCACACCGUAGAAAACAUUCGGCAGUAUAUCAUCAAUGCGCGUCCGGAAUAUGCGGCACAGAACUUUGCGCUGCUUACUACUUUCCCUAGCAAAGAGUUAACGGAAGGCGAGAAAACCUUGAAGGACGCUGGCUUGCUGAAUGCUGCAAUCAUGCAAAGGCUCAAGUAGUUUCGGUAAAUCCCCUUCACAUCAUCGGUCUAACAAAGCAGAAUCAUUAAAUGGGAGGGAAAGCUUGGAUGUACUUUUUUUCGUUGCUCGGCAGAUUUGAUUAAUUUUUGAUGGAAAAGAUAAAAUUUGAAUUAUAAAAAAAACCCAAAACUUUGGCCGAUAGUGAUUCUUUAACACUGUUUUUGUUUCAAAAAUGAAACACGUUCUACUGCGAACAUGCAACAGCAACCUCUCUAGUUCGAUUCGAGAUAAAUUGUCACUCUUCUUUUUUUCACGGUCGUAAUGUGAUGUUUCGUAAGGUUUGGAGUAAACUAGGAUUUAAAUUUAA